AUGCAGCCGAAGCUGUUCAUUCCAGAAGGUGUGAGCGUAAAAUGGGCAGCUUUCAGGCAUGUCUUUGGGGACAUCACUGACCUGGGAAGAGCUCUCUGUUGCCCUCCAUUUUCUCUUAUUGAUUGGGUCUAAUCCUCAACACUCUCAAAAUGGAUUGGAUGUGAAAAGAACAUCAUGGCAUAGAGGUGUGUGUGUGGGUGGGGGGGUGCCUGGAGUGUUGAUAGUCCGGCACGAAUAACUGUUUGAUUUGAACAGCAAUGCAGCAGCAAUGAACUAGAACCCAGAUGUAGGACAAAAGCUGAUAUUGUGCCUUGAAUGCACUUACUAACUUGAAGCUCAGACUUCAAUACGAUUACAGAGCAUUGGCCUGUUUAUUUAUUUAUCAUAUUACCUAUUUAUUUACCUUUGCCUCUCUAUUAUUGAAUGGGACUUUCCAAUUUCAUCUGGCUAGGCGACACAAUAUACAUAGUAUCAGUGUUUGUUUAUAUGAGCAUUUCAGGACUGGCACCGAGGCACGCAAGGUCACAAAGGCCAUAGUGUUAAUGACUGUCUGCUGUAAUUCUACUUUAUUGCCUUUGACAUUGGCCUUGUACUGUCAAUGCACAGUAGAGUCUGUCAUAGUGGAUGAUGGAACUAAGGCCUUCCUUUCCAUGCCCUCUACGAAUACAGAAUGCAAUGAAUGGUUUUUAGAUUCUAGCCUGUCAUCGCUUUACCUGAGGGCAUGAAUUCUCGCCCAAUGUUUUUUUUCUUACUAUUCUAAGGCAAGUUGAAUAAUUUGAGGCAAGGAUUUAUUUUAAAACCUGCAUCUUCUAGCCUGAUACAGUUUAAGUUUAGAAGCAAGUUCACUGCCAAACCUGAACCUUUCUUCAUGACAUUAGUCUAUUUCAGGACAGGAUAGGCAGCCUGCUCAUUUGGUUCUUCCCCUCUCCCUGUGAUGGUGACAGCAGAUGCGAGGGAGGCUUCCUCAAGAUGAAUAAUACAUUAUAAGCCACAGAAAGACUGAUUGCAAUGAUUCUAUGUGACGCGUUAGUCCUCUCCCUGCUCCCUCUGUAAAUACUGAGAGCUGAGGCAUGAAAACAAACCAUGGCAAAACAAAAUGGAGCCUUACAAAUGGGUUCCAACACUUCUGGUAUAGGGUAUGGCCAUUGCUUUGUCAUCUACCCUAGUCGAUGACUUGAAUUCAUCAGUCAUUUUUAAUGCUGACUGAAGUAGUCCAAAAAUAAAUGAAAGUUCAAGUCAUGGCUAAACAAUUGUGACUUGAAAGAAUGUCUUUCUUCUGUUUCUGCACAGGUAGAAGAGAAUUUGUCCAGCGGCUGAAACUCGAAGCGACACUCAAUGUUCACGAUGGCUGUGUAAGUACAUAUUACCCACCCUGUGUGUGUUUUUGUGUCUGUGGUGUACACUGUGCAUGUCUGUCCCUCCUUUCAUCUUUAGAGCACUUCACCCUCCCCCCCUGUCUGUCAGUCAGUGAGACUGACUGACUGAGUGACGGACAGACAGGAAGUGAUGGACAGAUGGACAGGGAGUGAUUCUGUCAUUCUAAUCCUGUCCAUUCAGUUGGUUGGAGUCUUCUGUUUGGAAAAUAAAGAGAUAAACAACAAAGGGUUGAUGAAACUUCUGCAUAGUACAAACAAAAUCUGUCUGCCAUACACAAUCCCCUCGUACAACUUACUGCAAUAUUCCCGGAUUGUAGGCUACAUACACAUAUUUGUCCAAGCGAGUUCUGUCAAAUUGUGUUAGCUCUAUUCUCUCAAACCAGUAGCUUGGAGUUUACGCCAUAUCACUCCCACCUACCCAGUCCUUAUCAGUGCAUAUGAAAGACGCAAAGGGACAAGAAGACGUAAGGAAGCCAUUUUUAAAUGUCGCUCCGCUUACUGCAUCACCAGCCCCUGUCUCUCUCCCUGAGGUCCUGUCUGUCACGAACGUCCUCUCUCUCAUUUUGGAGACCUGAAGUCGAGCUGCCCUCCAACAUGUCACGGGUGCCAUUCUAACUCACAACCUCUAUUGUGCCCUUACGAGUGACGAGAUGUUGUGUUGGUGCUGGGGGCCAUCACUUUUCAGUUUCCCAAAUCACUGUAUUGCCAGAUGUUGAAAAACUAAGAUGGAAAAGAUACAUUUAGAUCUACUCUGUAGAUAACAUACUGUACAAAAGUACUGGAUCACAGAAGUAGCCUAAUACAUACUGUAUUGUCAUGUAGGCUAUUAUUACACUUAUUUUACAAAAAUACACAUUUCUUAAACAGCCUCUUGCCCAUGUUUCGACUCCUUGGUGUUGUAGGCAUAUGCAGAUCUGAAUUUCUAAAGGGGGUUUAUGGGAGCUUGUGCCGUAUUGCUGCUCACACCUUUCUUCUUCCUGUAGAUCUACAACACAGAAGGUACUGGGGCUUGGGGCAAGGAGAAGAAACUACUGUAGGGGUUGGUUUCAGACUGAUUCAAAAUGAUGCUAGUCUGACUCUGAAGGGUCAGAGGGGUAUACUACAAAGCAGCAUCAAUGAGUUAGCCAGCUAACUUGGAUGAAUAACUAUUGGUUUUCUGGUUCAUUAAGAAAGCGAAACUUAGAAAUGUGUUUUUGGUUGUUGAGUCAAUUAGACCAUGCCUAUUUCAAUCUUAUCUUUCAAAAACAUUAAAAGUAAUUUCAGAAUAUUUAGUUAGCUGGCUAAUUCAUUGAACCUGCUUUGUAGUAUACCCCGCUGGUUGAGUCGGGUUGAGUUGAGGCUGGAGAGUGGAGGGAGGUAGGGACCUGGGCAGCCAGGGGCAUCUGGGCAACAGAAGGUGGCACACAGUGGUCUGGGUGGCAAAAGGACUGACACAGACACACAGUAUUCCUACAGAGUUUGAUCAAGUAGUAUUAGUAUACAGCACAACAUGCAGAAGAAUUUGUAAUGCAGGUGAUAGGAUAGGCCUAUAUUAAGAUCAAGCUACAGUCUGCUUGAACAAAAAAGAUGGUGGUUGUGGCAGGAGAACCCCAAUUUUUUUAGUUCCGUUCCGACCAGAAAAUAACGAAAGAAAAGUUACAGUUCAUAUAGUUCCCAUAUAGUACAGUUCAUACAUUCAUUUACUCCCCCAAUUAGCGCCGAUAGAGCAGCUUGCUGUGGAACGGGUAAGAUGUUAUAAACAGUACCAGUCAAAAGUUUGGACACGCCUACUCAUUCAAGGGUUUUUCUUUGUUUUUACUAUUUUCUACAUUGUAGAAUAAUAGUGAAGACAUCAAAACUAUUAAAUAACACAUAUGGAAUCAUGUAGUAACCAAAAAAGUGUUAAACAAAUCAACAUGUAUUUUAUAUUUGAGAUUCUUUAAAUAGCCACCCUUUGUCUUGAUGACAGCUUUGCACACUCUUGGCAUUCUCUCAACCACCUUCACCUGCAAUGGUUUUCCAACAGUAUUGAAGAAGUUCCCACAUAUGCUGAGCACUUGUUGGCUGCUUUUCCUUCACUCUGCCGUCCGACUCAUCCCAAACCAUCUCAAUUGGGUUGAGGUCGGUGGAUUGUCGAGGCCAGGUCAUCUGGUGCAGCACUCCAUCACUCUCCUUCUUGGUAAAAUAGCCCUUACACAGCCUGGAGGUGUGCUGGGUCAUUGUCCUGUUGAAAAACAAAUGAUAGUCCCACUAAGCCCAAACCAGAUGGGAUGGAGUAUUGCUGCAGAAUGCUGUGGUAGCCAUGCUGGUUAAGUGUGCCUUGAAUUCUAAAUAAAUCACAGACAGUGUCACCAGCAAAGCACCCCCACACCAUAACACCUCCUCCUCCAUGCUUUACGGUGGGAAAUACACAUGCGGAGAUCAUCCGUUCACCCACACCACGUCUCACAAAGACACGGCAGUUGGAACCAAAGAUCUCAAAUUUGGACUACAGACCAAAGGACAGAUUUACACCGGUCUAAUGUCCACUGCUCGUGUUUCUUGGCCCAAGCAGGUCUCUUAUUAUUAUUGGUGUCCUUUAGUAGUGGUUUCUUUGCACCAAUUCGACCAUGAAGGCCUGAUUCACACAGUCCCCUCUGAACAGUUGAUGUUGAGAUGUGUCUGUGACUUGAACUCUGUGAAGCAUUUAUUUGGGCUGCAAUUUCUGAGGCUGGUAACUCUAAUGAACGUAUCCUCUGCAACAGAGGAAACUCUGGGUCUUCCAUUCCUGUGGCGGUCCUCAUGAGAGCCAUUUUCAUCAUAGCACUUGAUGGUUUUGAGACUGCACUUGAAGAAACUUUAAAAGUUAUUGAAAUGUUCCGUAUUGACUGACCUUCAUGUCUUAAAGUAAUGGACUCUCAUUUCGCUUUGCUUUUUUGAGCUGUUCUUGCCAUAAUAUGGACUUGGUCUUUUACCAAAUAGGGCCAUCUUCUGUAUACCCCCUACCUUGUCACAACACAACUGAUUGGCUCAAAUGCAUUAAGAAGGAAUUCCACAAAUUAACUUUUAACAAGGCACACCUGUUAAUUGAAAUGCAUUCCAGGUCACUACCUCAUGAAUGCCAAGCGUGUGCAAAGCUGUCAUCAAGGCAAAUGGUGGUUAUUUGAAAAAUCUCAAAUAUAAAAUACAUUUUGAUUUGUUCAACACUCUUUUGGUUUCUACAUGAUUCCAUAUGUGUUAUUUCAUAGUUUUGAUGUCUUCACUAUUAUUCUACAAUCUAAAAAAUAGUAAAAAUAAAGAAAAACCCUUUAGGUGUGUCCAAACUUUUGACUGGUAGUGUACAUGUUUGAUUGGUCAGGUAAGUGCAAGCCCGAGAUGCCACUGAAAUUUCACAGGUGGGGGGAGAGCAAGAGAGGGGUGGACAUGGAGGGUGCUUGGCUUGAAGCGCUGAACAUCAUGACAUGACGUGAAUUGGAAUGUGUUUAGGCUAUUACUAGCAUUAUAAUUUAACCAAAUUAUAGAAUUACUGUGCCUUCAGAAGGUAUUCACACCCCUUGAUUUUUUCCCACAUUUUGUUGUGUUACAGCCUGAAUUUAAAAUGGAUUAAAUUGAGAUUUUGUGUCACUGGCCUACACACAAUACCCCAUAAUGUCUAAGUGGAAAUAUGUUUUUAGAAAUGUUUACCAUUAAUUAAAAACUUAAUAAGUAUUCAACCCCUUUGUUAUGGCAAGCCUAAAUAAGUUCAGGAGUAGAAAUGUGCUUAACAAGUCACAAGUUGCAUGGACUCAGUCUGUGUGCAAUAAAAGUGUUUAACAUUAUUUUUUUAUGAUUACCUCAUCUCUGUACCCCACACAUACAAUUAUCUGUAAGGUCCCUUAGUCAAGCAGUGAAUUUCAAACAGAUUCAACUACAAAGGCCAGGGUGGUUUUCCAAUGCCUCUCCUCUCAAAGAAGGGCACCUGUUGGUAGAUGGAUAAAAAAAAAGCAGACAUUGAUUAUCCCUUUGAGCAUGGUGCAGUUAUUAAUUAUACUUUGGAUGGUGUAUCAAUACAGCCAGUCACUACAAAGAUACAGGUGUCCUUCCUAACGCAGUUGCCGGAGAGGAAGGAAACCGCUCAGGGAUUUCACAAUGAGGUCAAUGGUGACUUUAAAACAGUUACAGAGUUUAAUGGCUGUGGUAGGAGAAACUGAGAAUGGAUCAACAACAUUGCACUAAAGUAAAACUGCAAAAAAUGUGACAAAGAAAUUAACUUUAUGUCCUGAAUACAAAGCGUUAUUUUGGGGGCAAAUCCAACCCAACACAUCACUGAGUACCAGUCUUCAUAUUUUCAAGCAAGGUUGGUGGCUGCAUAAAAUUUGAUUUGAUUUGUAAUGGGUAUGCUUGUCAUCGGCAAGGACUAGGGAGUUUUUUAGGAAAAAAAAUAAACGCAAUAGAGCUAAGCACAGGCAAAAUCCUAGAGGAACACCUGGUUCAGUUUGCGUUCCAUCAGACACUGCGAGACUAAUUCAUACAAUACAAAUUCACCUUUCAGAAGGACAAUAACGUAAAACACAAGGCCAAAUAUACACUGGAGUUGCUUACCAAGACAACAUUGAAUGAAGUUUUGACUUAAAUCGGCUUGAAAAUCUAUUGCAAGAAAUGGCUGUAUAGCAAUGAUGAACAACUAACUUGACAGAGCUUAAAUAUUAUUUUUUAGAAUAUUGUGCAAAUAUUGUGCAAAGCUCUUAGAGACGUACCCAGAAAGACUCACAGCUGUAAUCACUGUCAAAGGUGAUUCUAACGUGAAUAUUUAAACAAUAUAUUUAAAUAUAUAUUUAAACAAAUUCGAUAUUUCUGUAUUUUAUUUUCAAUAAAUGUGCAAAAAUGUCUAAUUGUUGUUAUGGGGUAUUGUGUGUAGAUAGGUGUGAAACAAAUCUAUUGAAUCCAUUUUGAAUUCAGGCUGUACCACAACAAAAUGUCAAGUCAAGGAGUAUGAAUACUUUCUGAAGCUACUUUACAUUACAAAUAUUUUUGGAACACAUUUUGUUUUUAUUAACCAGUUCUCAAGAUUUGAAAAGAACAGUUCUGCUGGAGCAGCUACUUGACACUUUUAAUAAGGCACUAAUUUCAUUCAUUCUUAAGAAGGAUAGAGACCCCACUGACCCAGGCAGUUUUCGCCCUAUCAGUUUAAUCUGAGUUUAUUGUAAGGUGCUCUCCAAAGUACUAGCCAUGAGGCUGGAGAAGGUUUUACCUCAUAUUAUUAACAUAGAUUAGGUGGGAUUUGUAAAAAGUAGAACCUCCACAGACAAUCUUAGACGUUUGCUUCACCUCAUGUGGCUGAGUCAAAAAGAGGAUACUCAGGUGGCAGCCCUUUCCCUAGAUGCAGAGAAGACAUUCGAUAGGGUGGAGUGGGGCUUUUUGACAAAUACCAAGUGGGUUAAGGUAUUAUACUCCAAUCCAAGAGCAGCAGUCCUCACAAAUGGUAUGAUCUCUUCCUUUUUUAAUUUGUCGAGGGGAACCCAGCAGGGCAGUCCUCUCUCACCUCUCCUUUUUACUCUAUUUUUGGAGCCCUUGGCAGCAGCAAUCAGAGCUGAUUCAGGAAUCAAAGGAGUAAUGGGAGGUGCCAGAGAGCGUAAACUGUUCUUAUAUGCUGACGACAUAUUGUUACUUAUUAGGGAACCGGCCACAUCAAUCCCUUUGGUUUUGAACACAAUUGACAUGUUCUCACAGAUAUCUGGUUAUAAGAUUAAUUGGCAGAAGUCAGAGGCUAUGCCUGUAUCCAAAUUCUGUCCUCCUGUUGCAAUUACUUCAUUACAGUUAAAAUGGGUGCCAUCAGGGAUGAAAUACCUGGGUAUAAGACUGAGCAAUGAACUGCAAAAUAUAAUGCAAAUUAAUAUGAUGCCACUACUACAAAAAAUUUAGAAUAAUCUUGGUAAAUGGAGGUUGCUUAAUCUUACUUUAUGGGGCAAAAUAAAUACUGUGAAAAUGGUUGUGGCACCACAGUUUAAAUAUGUGUCCAUGAUGCUCCCUGUGACCAUUUCUCCUUUACUAUUUAAGCAGUACAAUCAAAUGAUUAAGGAUUAUCUUUGGGAUGGGAAAAACCCCAGAAUAAAUGUGAACAAGUUAUAUUUUCCAAGGGAUAAAGGAGGACUAGCACUACCCAAUGUAGAACUUUACAACAUAUCAUUUGAAGUAGCCAAAUUGCCCAGACAAUGGGGCAAAUAUGAUUCCCAUUUGGGAUGGACUCAGAUUGACAGGUCUAUCACAGCCCCGUUUAAGCCUAUUGAGGCCUUAUCACCCCAAAAUAUUCAGAGACAGCCAACUGAAGAGGAUAACCCAAUCCUACAACAUUCCCGAGAGGUAUGGGUUAAGAUUCAUAAGAUGCUUGGAAUUUCCCAGUAUAAACAAAAAUAUUCUUCCAUAUGCACAACCCAUCGGUUUCCAUAGGAAAAUAUUUCAUUUAUCUGGGAGGUAUGGCUUAGACAAGGCCUGCAUGCACUAGGGGAUCUAUAUGAUAAAGGAGUGCUUAUGUCCUAUCAGAACCUGAAGGAGAAAUGUAAUUUGCAAUUAUAAGGCUGAUUUCUGGAAAUACUUACAACUAAGGAGCUGCAUGGGGUCUUUUAGGAGUAUUAACCUCCAGAGAGAUUAAAACUUGUUAGAACAAUAUUUCAUGUUACCAGGAAUAUCACACUCCGCUUCAGUGUUUUUAUAAAAGAGUCUCAUAUGCACAAUAUGGAAACUGAUUUGGCAGAGGGAUCUUAAUUGUGACAUUGAAGAGGAUGUAUUGAAAAAUGUAGUUUCCUAUGUAGGGUGGUGUACCAGGGAUACAAGGGGUACAUUUACACAUACGAUUGUUCAUAGAUACUACUGGACCCCAGUUAGAUUACAUAAAAUGGGUUUAUUGCAAAAUAAUUUAUGCUGGAAAUGCAAGGGUGAAGUAGGUACCUUUUUGCAUGCUAUAUGGGAAUGUCACAUGGUGCUCCCUUUCACAGCUGUGCUUAUUAGGGGAUAUAUCUAUUUUACUACCAGGUGUUAGCAAAGAAGAGUUUGGUCUUGCCUCAGUGGGUUUUCUUACUGCGGCUAGACUCAUACUACGUAACUGGAAGAGCGCAGAUGGUCCGAAAUCAACAGAUUGGCUCAAACUCAUGGUGGAGACUGCAUCUUAUGAAUCAAUGAUAGCGAAAUUACAGGAGAGGAAAGGGAAAUUUAGUAUGAUAUGGGAACACUUUUCUAAUUACAUUUAAACUCAGUUUUUCACAAUUCCUGACAUUUAAUCCUAGUAAAAAUUCCCUGUCUUAGGUCAGUUAGGAUCACCACUUAAUUUUAAGAAUGUGAUAUGUCAGAAUAAUAGUAGAGAGAAUGAUUUAUUUCAGCUUUUAUUUCUUUCAUCACAUUCCCAGUGGGUCAGAAGUUUACAUACACUCAAUAAGUAUUUCGUAGCAUUGCCUUUAAAUUGUUUAACCUGGGUCAAACGUUUCAGGUAGCCUUCCACAAGCUUCCCACAAUAAGUUGGGUGAAUUUUGGCCCAUUCCUCCUGACAGAGCUGGUGUAACUGAGUCAGGUUUGUAGGCCUUGCUCGCACAUGCUUUUUCAGUUCUGCCCACAUUCUCCAUAGGAUUGAGGUCAGGGCUUUGUGAUGGCCACUCCAAUACCUUGACUUUGUUGUCCUUAAGCCAUUUUGCCACAACUUUGGAAGUAUGCUUGGGGUCAUUGUCCAUUUGGAAGACCCAUUUGCGUCCAAGCUUUAACUUCCAGACUGAUGUCUUGAGAUGUUGCUUUAAUAUAUCCACAUAAUUUUCCUUCCUCAUGAUGCCACCUAUUUUGUGAAGUGCACCAGUCCCUCCUGCAGCAAAGCACCCCCACAGCAUGAUGCUGCCACCCCCGUGCUUCACGGUUGGGAUGAUGUUCUUCGGCUUGCAAGCAACCCCCUUUUUCCUCCAAACAUAACGAUGGUCAUUAUGGCCAAACAGUUCUAUUUUUGUUUCAUCAGACCAGAGGACAUUUCUCAAAAAAGUACGAUCUUUGUCCACAUGUGCAGUUGCAAACUGUGGUCUGGCUUUUUUAUGGCGGUUUUGGAGCAGUGGCUUCUUCCUUGCUGAGCAGCCUUUCAGGUUAUGUCGAUAUAGGACUCAUUUUACUGUGGAUAUAGAUACUUUUGUACCUGUUUCCUCCAGCAUCUUCACAAGGUCCUUUGCUGCUGUUCUGGGAUUGAUUUGCACUUUUCGCACCAAAGUACGUCCAUCUCUAGGAGACAGAACGCGUCUCAUUCUUGAGCGGUAUGAUGGCUGUGUGGUCCCAUGGUGUUUAUACUUGCGUACUAUUGUUUGUACAGAUGAACGUGGUACCUUCAGGCGUUUGGAAAUUGCUCCCAAGGAUGAACCAGACUUGUGGAGGUCUACCAUUUUUUUUAUGAGGUCUUGGCUGAUUUCUUUUUAUUUUCCCAUGAUGUCAAGCAAAGAGGCACUGAGUUUGAAGGUAGGCCUUGAAAUACAUCCACAGGUACACCUCCAAUUGACUCAAAUGAUGUCAAUUAGCCUAUCAGUAGCUUCUAAAGCCAUGACAUCAUUUUCUGGAAUUUUCCAAGCUGUUUAAAGGCACAGUCAACUUAGUGUAUGUGAACUUCUGACCCACUGGAAUUGUGAUACAGUGAAAUAAUCUGUCUGUCUGUAAAUUUUUGGAAAAAUUACUUGUGUCAUGCACAAAGUAGAUGUCCUAACCGACUUGCCAAAACUAUAGUUUGUUAACAAGAAAUCUGUGGAGUGGUUGAAAAAUGAGUUUUAAUGACUCCAACCUAAGUGUAUGUAAACUUCCUACUUCAACUGUAUAUAAGGGACGUGCGGGUGAGAAGCUAGGGCAUAAGUUGGAACAAAUGUAUGUGUAAUGUUUUUUUUGUUGAUGUAUUUUUUAUUUUUAUCAAAACAAAUAUGUUAACUUUUUUUUUUUGCUCUUUUAAUAUUCCAACCACUGAUAUAUCUGUAUUGUUAGUGUUAUGUAAUGUCAUAUUGAUAAACAUUUUACAAAUAAAAUACGAAUAUAUCAGUUCUGUUCCGGAACACUACAGAUCACUUUCGUUACCGGUUUUGUUCCCUUAAGCAGUUCCAACUCCUGAUUGUGGUCAUAGUGAUGAUUUAAUGAUCUCCUCAAUUUCAUGUUAGCAACCCACAGAGCUAGGCCAGAAGAAAUUGAAUAAGCAAGAAAAUAAUAUGAAAAGCAUCGCCUACCACCGGUGAUAUCAAUGCCAACAUGUUUUUUCAGUGAAUAGCCUAUUUAUUACACAAUCUAGACCUACAUUUGUACAAUACUUUUCUGUAACAUCAAAUGUUGUGCCUUUUCUAGAUGGAUACCAGUUAACAGCAGUGUAGUCUUUAAUAGCGUGGCUGUAUUUUGUCUUGGCCACCACUGACACACGUUGUUAGCAGAGUGGUGACAACAGGAAAACAUUCUUACCCCCUUUGGAGAGACUUUAGCGUUCUUUAUCAUUGAAAGAUAAUCUGUCUGUUUCCAAUGCAUGCAUGACAUUGUCCCCCACAUUUAGAAUGAGCUCCCUUUUGUGUCUGUCUGUAUAGUGUGGUGUGUGUCUUUCUAAUCUAAACCAUCAACCAUAUAUAUCUAGUUACAGCAUAUGUGUGUUAUUUUAGCACAUAACACACCACUCUUAUUAAGCUAAUGUAUUUUCUCAGACAGUGAUGUGAGCAGUUUCUCCGAAAUUACAGCCGUUCUGUGAAAAUGCAAUACCUUUUACAGUGUUUUAAAGCUGCUCGACAAGGGACGGAAAAUAAAACAUGACAGGGGAUUAAAUCACCCAGAAAGACUAUUUGGGAAUUGGGGGGUUGAUGGGGAGGAGGGGUCCAAUUUGGUUUGGCAAUGAAGAGGGAUUGUGUGACCAACCUUGUUGCACACUGAUGGGUCUCGCCCCAGAAAUGGAGGGAAGAGUGUAUCGACCUCCGCUGGAGGACUUAAUGAAAUAUUGAUCUACGGUCCCAAAGACACGACGCCUAGCGAAGGCGUUCACCGCCUUUAGUUCCAUUCUAGUUCCAUGUUUCUCAUUUGGUGAACGUUCACCUGGUUUCUAUUUGAUUGAGGGACAGUGACACAUUCAGAUGUUACACCUUAGAUUGGUUUACGAACAUCCACAGUUGUAGACGUUCUUUCAUAAAGUUGUUUCAAUAUUGUUAUAUGUGCAGGGAGUGAACUCACACACUGUAUUUUGUCCCAAUCAGGUCAAUACCAUAUCCUGGAACGAUACAGGGGAGUACAUCCUGUCAGGGUCAGACGAUACCAACCUUGUCAUCACAAACCCAUACAACAGAAAGGUAAGGAGAGCUAGAGUCUAAUGUACUGUAUACCAGACCUGGGUUCAAAGAAGUGUAUUUUGAAAUAGUAUUUGAACCCAGUUCUGUUGUAUACAGAUGAACCUUAUGACCUUACAUCACCAACAUCAAGUAGCUAACUGUGUUAUAACAACAGGAUCUACCUGGGGUUAAAUGAUAAUGGAUUGGAUUUAUAGAGAUAGUGCUUUAUAGGUGCUCAUUAUAUGCCUGCUGAAAGAUCUUUCUUGUCGAUAAAGACGGACAGAGAAAAAAGCAGACAGUGGUUAGAUUUCUAUAAACCUCCCAUCACCCUAAUCAACAGCCAAAGAAAUUGGCUGUCGAGGGAUUCUGAAAAAUCAUAUAAUCAGCGAUGUCUGUCUCUUGUGUUGAUAUGAAACAUUUACAUUACAUUUUAAUCAUUUAGCAGACGCUCUUAUCCAGAGCGACUUACAGGAGCAAUUAGGGUUAAGUGCCUUGCUCAAGGGCACAUCGACAGAUUUUUCACCUAGUUGGCUCGGGGAUUAGAACCAGCGACCUUUCGGUUACUGGCACAACGCUCUUAACCACUAAGCUACCUGCCGCCCAGAGUGACCUUGGUCAAACAAGAGUGACCUUGGUCAAUUAAGUGCAGGUUCAAUUUUUUUCAGUGCCCGGCCGUGCAUUAAGUAUACCUUUGUCAGCCCUCUUCUAUUAUACAAUUAUUAUCCAAUCACUUAAAGGUGCAAUAUGCAGAAAUCGCUCUACCAUUUCCUGGUUGCUAAAUUCUAAUAAUUUGCCUAAUGUCAGUUUACGUGACAAAACAAGCAAGUAUAAUGUAGACUAGAGAAUCAUUGUACCAUCUACACCGCUGUGAAAUACCUUUUAAUAACCAAAAAUAUUGUAUUUUCAGCUGUUUGAAUCUGGUGUACAAAACAGAAAGUAAAAGAUGCAAAAACUUAAGAACCAGAAGCAUAGAAAUAGCAUAAAUAGAACAGAUCUACCGCCUCUUAGACUUGCUUUCAAUGCGAAUGACAGACCUAUAACUCACAUUUCUAUGUGAAUUUGGUCAUGUCGCCCAAAAAGUUACAUAUUAACGCUUUACAUUUUAUAAUUAUCUUAGUCAAGCACAAUUCAACUGACCAGAAUGUUUUUUGCGUGAUUGAGUUGACUUCAGUUGACGAAGCAUGGGAGAGAGAGAAUCAAUAUUUUCCUUUGAGUCAGAAGACAUAGGGAGCAUCCCAGUGGUCUUCAAUGCAAAUGAAGAGGAUACCAGGAGAGGGAGCCACUUUAGACUAUUGAGACGCUCCUACACAGUAAAAUUGCAGUUAAUUCAACUCCUAUGGAGGCAAAUGUAACACUAUUUUGGGGUUUAUAUGGUCCCACCCCCAUUUUGUGUUAACUACUCUGGUCAUGGUGUUGAUAUUUUUGGAGUUAAAACGACUCUAAAUGCAGUAAAUAUCCAACUCUCAGUUGCUUAAAAUUAACUCCAAUUGCCAUUUUACUAUUUUCACUGUUGUUUUUAAUCAACUCCCUUGUCAUUUUACACUUUUCUGUGUUGUUUUGAAUUAACAAUCAACUACAGCAGAGUACAUUUCUCUUUCAGUUUAUUUCCUUUUGAGUUAUAAGAGUGUAAAGCCUUAUUUGAAUAUUUCUUAAUGUGUCAAAUUAUGUUGGUUUGCAAUGUGAUAUCACAUUUCUGUUGGAAGUCAACUUGCAGGAAGAUAUCCAGCACUUUUACAUCAUUCACAACUUACAUUCAGAAUGCCUGUCAGAGUAGGGAAGAAAAUACAAUACACUAUAUGUACAAAAGUAUGUGGACACCCCUUCAAAUUAGUGGAUUCGGCUACUUCAGCCACACCCGUUGCUGACAGGUGUAUAAAAUCGAGCACACAGCCAUGCGAUGUCCAUAGACAAACAUUGGCAGUAGAAUGGCCUUACUGAACAGCUCAGUGACUUUCAACGUGGCACCGUCAUAGGAUGCCACCUUUCCAACAAGUCAGUUCGUCAAAUUUCUGACCUGCUAGAGCUGCCCUGGUCAACUGUAAGUGCUGUUAUUGUGAAGUGGAAAUGUCUAGGAGCAACAACGGCUCAGCCGCGACAUGGUAGGCCACACAAGGUCACAGAAAGGGACUGCCAAGUGCUGAAGCAGUUGCAACACUCACUACCAUGUAUCAAACUGCCUCUGGAAGCAACAUCAGCACAAGAACUGUUCUUCGGGAGCUUCAUGAAAUGGGUUUCCAUGGCCGAGCAGCCGCACACAAACCAAAGAUCACCAUGCACAAUGCCAAGCGUCAGCUGGAGUGGUGUAAAGCUCGCCGCCAUUGUACUCUGGAGCGGUGGAAAUGCGUUCUUUGGAGUGAUGAAUCACGCUUCACUAUCUGGCAGUCCGACGGAUGAAUCUGGGUUUGGCGGAUGCCAGGUGAACGAGACCUGCCCCAAUGCAUAGUGCCAACUGUAAAGUUUGGUGGAGGAGGAAUAAUGGUCUGGGGUUGUUUUUCAUGGUUCAUGCUAGGCCCCUUAGUUCCAGUGAAGGGAAAUCUUAACGCUACAGCAUACAAUUACAUUCUAGACGAUUCUGUGCUUCCAACUUUGUGGCAACAGAUGGGGAAGUCCCUUUUCUGUUUCAGCAUUACAAUGCCCCCGUGCACAAAGCGAGGUCCGUACAGAAAUAGUUUGUCGAUCGGUGUGGAAGAACUUGACUGGCCUGCACAGAGCCCUGACCUCAACCCCAUCAAACACCUUUGGGUGUCCCCGCAGCAAUGUUCCAACAUCUAGUGGAAAGCCUUCCCCGAAGAGUGGAGGCUGUUAUAGCAGCCAAAGGGGGACCAACUCCAUAUUAAUGCCCAUGAUUUUGGAAUGAGAUGUUCCACGAGCAGUUGUCCACAUACUUUUGGUAAUGUAGUGUACAUGAAGACUACCUAUACUAACCUAUACUAUCUCACUAACGGUUGCUAUAAAUGUAGAACAAUUUAUUUUUCUUAUCUAUGUUUAUUAUAAGAUUUUAAAAAGUCAAUGUACAUGCGAAAACACAGAUAUUGAAACAAACAAUGACAAAAAAAUCUACCUGCAACAGAGCAUGCUGGGAAGUAUGACAAUGAGGCCUCUCCCACAUCUGUGGAUAACUCCAUAGAUUUCUCCAUCUCUGGUUACUCUUAAUGGAGUUAAAAGUACCCCCCGUCCCAAUGAACUCCAGUUAUCAACACUAACUCCAGGGAGUGUGUAACUCUCUUGAGGGUUAAGAUUACUCCCAGUAGAGUCAAUUUAACCCAAAAAUGUGUAACACUGAUUUCAAACAUCAUUGAUUUCCUGUGUAUACAACAGAGCCAACCACACACACCACUGCAACUUGCUACACACUCUCCUCUCUAAAACUCUCCUCAGGUCAAGGCAACCAUACGGUCGGGUCACCGGGCGAACAUCUUCAGUGCUAAGUUCAUGCCCCAGACCAGUGACCAGCAGAUCAUCUCGUGCUCUGGAGAUGGCAUCAUCUACUACACCCACACAGAGAAGAGCCCUGACAUCAACAGGCAGUGCCAGUUCACCUGCCACUACGGCACAGCCUACGAGGUACUGUACACAAGGGUUUCUCAACUUGAUUUUUUUGUGUGGCUAAUUGAAAAUAGGUUGAGGGAGCUAUGCAAACAUUACAUUUUUUCACAUGUCCUCCCACCUCUCUCUCUCUUUCCCUUCACAUCUUGCUGCUCUCUCUCCUCCUGUUCUGCUGUUAGAUUAUGACGGUACCCAACGACCCCUACACGUUCCUGUCGUGUGGGGAGGAUGGCACCGUGCGCUGGUUCGACUUGCGCAUUAAGACCAGCUGCACUAAAGAGGACUGCAAAGACGUAAGGAAGGAGGGGAAGACAUUUGUAUUGAUUUUGAACAUAAAUUAAAACAAAGAACACCAACAAUCAGCACUUAUCUCUUAUUCAUUUUUGUUUUUAUUGGUCUAUUAUUUGGCCUCUUGUGUUUUAAUGUCAGCAUAUUCUUCUUAUUGUAUCUUAUUUUAUAUUAUAUCAUGUCACACCUUUUUAUCUUGCCAGUUUGCCUGAUUUUAGCCAACUAGUCUGUUGUUUACAUUCUCUUCCUCUCACCAGGACAUCUUGAUAAACUGUCGGCGGGCGGCAACGUCUAUCUCCAUCUGUCCGCUGGUGCCCUAUUACCUGGCGGUGGGCUGCUCCGACAGCUCCGUACGCAUCUACGACAGACGCAUGCUGGGCACCAGGGCUACGGGUAACAACCAACUCUGUCCUCUCAUUUAGUUAUAUCCAAAUGUGUCUCUCUCGCUCUGCGUAUAUCUGUCUGUCUUUGUUGUACAUCUGUCUGUCUGAAUUUGUAUCAAUAGACAUUUCAUGGACUGGAAGAUCAGUUAGUCAACAAUCCCCUGUCACAAUGUAUUCUUCUAUCAGUGUAUCAAUGUAUCUAUGGAUAUAUCUAUACUCCUAUCCACUCUGCUGUUGGGGCAGUGCAAUGACCCAUACUACUGGACCAUAGAGACACCAUCCCUCCAGCACCUGCUACUGCUUUUCACAGUGCCCCUAUUACAGAGUGCAGCAGUACACUGUGGCAGCCAGGUCUUUGGGUUGACAGAUGAGGGUAACGCACUAGAGGCUGUCUUGUCUGUCUGUGUCUGUCUCUGUGAUGCCAUCGCCCUGUGGGCUAGAGAAAGAUGAAUGUCUGUUCCAUUAAGCGCACUCCAGUCUAGACGGCUGUGCUGUGUCUGUUUGGCAUCCUUUGGGAUGAGUCUCUGAACGCUCUGUCAUUGUGGAAGACAGACAGGAUCUAACCUUACCAUUGGAGCCAACUUCAUCGAACGAGUGAAAUACAUGUUGUUUUCAAACUCUCGUAAGAAUGUUUCAGAUUAACUAUAUGUUCACUCAUUAGAUGGUUCUCCAAUCGAAGGUGUUCCUGCAUAUAAGUACUUAGGCAUUAGGAUUGACAUGGAUUUGACGUUUAAAAAACCAUAGAUGAACUGGUUAAGAAGCUAAGAUUUAAUGUUGGCUUUUUCUACAGAAACAGAUUGUGUCUUUCUCUAAGCAGUAGGAAGCAGAUUAUUCAGUCAACCUUUCUAUCUGUUCUUGAUUGUGGUGAUAUUAUUUAUCAAAGUGCAGCUACUACGACUCUUAAACCUUUGGAUGCCAUCUACCAUAGUGCCCUUCGUUUUGUUACAAGUGACAGUUUUGAUACUCAUCACUGCAUCCUGUAUCAAAAGAUUGGCUGGACUUCGCUAAAGACCCGUAGAUCUCUACAUUACUCCCUUAUUUUUUACAAGGCCCUACUUCAUAAACUUCCGUCUCUCCGUCUUAUCUAACUUUGCAGUUGAAGUAUAGAUACCUGAGUUGCCUAACCCGUUCACAGGAUUGGUUAACUCUUGAGGUUCCUAGGGUCUCCACCAAGCUAGGUAAAUCUGCUUUUAGUUUUAAUGCACCGUAUUGCUGGACAAAAUUCUAAAUACAUUUCAUCUUGAUGUUCUGGUGCCGUUCGGGCAAAUUAAAUUAUUGAUUGGGGACUUAUUUGUGGAGGAAUGUAACAUGUUUAUGUGUGAUUUGUGAUGUUUAAUUUGUGCUUCCCAUGACUGUGUUUUUCUAUUUUAAUGUGCAUAGAUAGAUAUAGUUUGGGUAUAAUGUGUAUAUUUAUCUUGUGUAUAUACAGGGCACAUUUGUAAAAGAGACCUAGGUCUCAAUAUGUCUUCCCUGUUAAAAUAAAGGUUAAAUAAAAUAAACAUUUGGAGUUACGCUACUACUGACUUCAUUGCGUUUCAUUUAACUCUGUCGUUCCCCCCUACUUGCCUCUGACUAUCUCACCAAAUCCCCCCCUCAGGUAACUACAUGGGCCGUGGAACGACGGGCAUGUGUGUGCGCUUUGUCCCAGCCCACCUGUCAAACAAGUCGUGUCGCGUGACGUCGCUCUGCUACAGCGGGGACGGACAGGAGGUGCUGGUCAGCUACUCUUCAGACUACAUCUACCUGUUUGACCCCAAUAAUGACCAGGCCCGAGAGCUGAAGGGCCCAUCCGAGGAGAGGAGGGAGGAGGUGAGGAGAGGAGGGAAGAGACGCCGCCAUUUUAGUUUGAGUUAAAUAUGAAAGGUGUAUACUUCUCUAUGCACAGCCAGGCUAGGAUACACACACACACACACACACACACACACACACACACACUGUGUGUUUGCCUCUCUGUGAAACUGUGUAUACGUACUUCAGUAUUUUUCCAUACACUCUCCUUCUGUGUGUUAAAAACAUUAAAUAAUAUGCCAUUUAGCAGACGCUUUUAUCCAAAGCGACUUACAGUCAUGCGUGCAUACAUUUUUGUGUAUGGGUGGUCCCGGGGAUCGAACCCACUACCUUGGCGUUACAAGCGCCGUGCUCUACCAGCUGAGCUACAGAGGACCAAUUACAUGAGUCAGUGUGGGAUUUUAUCACGAUACCAUGUUGUUUAUUGUCCAUAUGGGACUUUGUGGGGAGCAUAAACACACACAUGGCCAGACAAGACAUAGGCCUCUAAUGUAAGCUCCUCCUCCACUCUCAAGCCAAGGGGAUGUUGAUUGUAAACAGACAUAGUUGGCUUUGUGUUCAGCGACUGAAGUGCUCUCAGGGCAUCUCCUGUUAAUGUGUUGUGUGGUGGCUGCUGUUGCAGUGAGAGGAACCAAGGACCCUGACAGGCCACAGGAAGGACAGAAAGAGCGAGGAAGAGGGGAAGAAACAGGAACAGGAGGAGUAAGAGGGAGCAUAAAAUGAAAAGGAGAGAAGAGAAGGAGCACACACUAGAUUCCAGGGGGAAGGAAGACGAGAAAUUAUUCUGCUCAUAUACUCAGCGGUGCACACACACACACACACACACACACAAUCAAACAGCCUCUGUAAGGACGUGAGCCAAGUUAAGAGUAAGGGCUUGAGGGGGGAACCAGUUUUUCUGGAUGUGCUAGAUCACGGUGCCAGUCUCCUCAGCUGUCGCAUGGUGUGUCUGGAUUGACCCGGCUCUGCUCCCGCAUGCCUUUCCAAAUACAGCUACCGACGCAGGCAAUGUUCCGCCACUCACCCCACCGAAAUAGACCAGGACGGGGACUGUAGGGCAUGCCAAGGAAUCUUUUUACCCCUCUCUAACGCGCUCUUCCUCCUCCACCCAUAAUCUUACUUCUGCAACCCUACUUGUGCUUGGUUUCUCACAUCUUCAGCCCUCUCACUAUCUCGCCUCUCUUUAUCUCUCCUCUCUCCUUAGCUCCCUUCAGCUCUUUACCCUCUCACCCCCUCUCUCUCGCUCUAUCCAUUUAUCCCUCCACACAGUUGUAAUUCUGUCUCUUCCACGUUCUCGCUCUCCCUUCAUCUCUCUCCACUGAAGUUGGCUGUCCCUCUCUCUAUCUGUCCCCAGGGUAGGAGUUAAGGCACCAGUGUUGGGUGACCAGGUCCCUGGCUCUAGGCCUGUUUUCCUGUGUGGGGGAGUGACUGGGACUGUGCCAUGUUUUGCUUGUCAGUGGGGCUAUUUUUAACUAUGCUUAAUGUUUUGUGUGUGUGUGUGUGUGUGUCCACAGCUGCGGCAACCCCCAGUGAAGCGUCUUCGUCUACGAGGUGACUGGUCUGACACUGGACCCCGAGCUCGCCCUGAGAGCGAGAGAGAGCGGGACGGUAAGAGUACACAGAAUCACGCUCACAACAUACACACACAUUCUCCCUCUCACUCCCUCUCUUCUCUAUUACCUCCUCGGUCUCUCUGUUAUUCUUAAUUGGUAUGACUGAACACAUUACAAAAACAAUGUCACACACUCUCAAACUUACACACACACACUCUCUCUCGCUCUCGCUCUCGCUCUCUCUCUGACACACACACAGCCUGAUAACUCUCCACGUCUCCUCUGAGAGCCUGAGCUCUAAUCUCUCACCCAGAGCCUCUACCUCUCAUUGCUAAUGAGGCUAACAGGGCCUAUCUCUGUCUAUGCGGAUCUCGUUAGCUUUAGCUCUCUCUGACUCACAACUUAUUACGGGCCCAGCUGGGACUGUGAUAAAGCUGCCUCUCGCUAUCACAGACUUUUAUAGAUCUUAGGGUAUUGUAGAUGUAGAAGAAGGAGAAGCAAACUUUUUUCCCAAUAAGUCAGCAGUUGUCUGGAUGAUGCAGUGGAUUGGUACUCCGCUGUUCGCUAAUGAGGGACUUAUGCAUUAUACUACAAGCUAUACCCUGAUACGAGGAUUCUCUAGACCGAUGGUAAAGGGGGCAACAACAACAAUAACUUUGUGGGUUUUCAAGGAAAUGUUGUGCUGAGAAAUGCCAACCAGUCAUGUCCCAUGCCAACUCGAUCUCUGACCCCCCCAGGAGAACAGAGCCAGAACGUAUCGCUGAUGCAGAGGAUGUCGGACAUGUUGUCCCGCUGGUUCGAGGAGGCCAGCGAGGCCCAGAGCAGUCGGGGGACCACGCGCCCUCAGACACGCCCCAGAGGUGAGACACUGGGACGGUAGUGGUUGGCGGCCAGCUUAAAUGGCCGUUUUGGUGUAAGUACGCAGUACUUAGUGUUGGCCCGUUGCCACAGAUCUAGGAUCAGGCCUUAGUUGUUCGUUUGGGACACUAUUUCUGGAGCUUAGUUUGCACCAAUGUUUUUUUUAAAGUGGGAAAUAAUUGAAUACAAUAUAAUGAAAUGGAAUAGAAAACAAUAUAUUUUUAUUGUCUGAGGAUGGAAAUUCUCCUUGAAGUAACACUGAAAAAACCCUCAGAAAAUGUAUGACAAAAAAACAUCUUCCAUUUGUCUCCUCCAGGCACUCUUCCCCGUAUAGAGGGGACUCUUACAACCCACACCAUCCCAACACUCCCUGCAAUACCCCCUCCACAAGAAGCCAGAGCCUCAGAGGGCUCCAUGGAAACAGAGGCCCCCGCCGUCAACCCUGUACAUGUACCCCUCCCCAAGUCCACCUCCUCAACCGAGUCAUCGUCAACCGUUACAGCACCUCCCCCAUCAACCUCCUCGUCCAUGGAGGGCUCGGUGCUCCCCUCCUCCUCCUCCCUCACCUCCUCCCUAGACUCAGAACAGAGGAGUCAGGCAGACAUGGCUGUGACCCCCACCCCAACACCCACCACAGAGGCUGUGCUGUCCGGUAAGAAUUGCGUGGAGAGAACACACACACACUGAGUACUCCCAUAAGAGGGGCGAGUCAUCAUCAUAUUUGAUUUGAGGGGAGCUAACCGGUGACUCAUAGUAGACCCACAAGCAGACCAAAACACGUGUGUGUGUGUGUGUGUGUGUGUGUGUACCGUCUAUUGGUGUGUGGGAGCCAUGCCACUCAAGCAGCAGCCUUACCCUCUCCUUUUUCGACCAUACUAUUUCCUUUGUCUCCCUUUGUUUACCUCUCCCUCUCCUCCUUAUCCUCCUUCUCUUGUCUUCUGCCUCCAUUCACUCUAUCCCUCUCGUCUCUCUACCUCUCUGUCAGAGUACGGCCCUCACCGGCUGCCAGUAAGUCUAGUGUGUAGACGUUUGCAGCGGUUGCUCCUGUUGGCUGACCCCCCGGGACAGAGCCAAACCCCUUCCUCCACUGCAGCCACUGAGAGCCAAUCAAGGGGGGCUACUGCUGUUGGUGCUGCCACUGAGAUGCCCCCCCCUACAGGUUACUUGCCCCCCCAACCUCUCUCCUUCCUGCACAAGUUUCCACUUAAAUCCCCAUACUUUCGGUAGAACUUGCCCGCACAGAUCAAGGAUCAGCUUACCCUAUUGUGAUUUUGAUACUGAAUCUGACCUUAUAUCUGUCUAGGGGUCAUCUUCAUCCUACUCCAAUUCCCACACCCAUACUCCCUUUUCUCUCUUCUCCCUAACUCACCACCCCCUCUACCCAAAUUCCUUUUCCUAAUUCUCAUAUGCCCCUCACACCUCACCUGUCAACAUUACCUCUCACACACCCAAACCCCUUCCCACCAAACAUACACAACCCCACCACCACCCCCUCCUCUUGCUGCUUGGGUAGUCCCGCCUGUAGCUCCCCUGUAUGGUGUGGCGUUUGGCACCCUCUGGCUGUGGAACACUGCUUUUGCACCCCCUUGGCAUCAAAAGCAGUAUGAAGUGGUUGUCUAUCUAUGAGAUUGAAGACUAUGGACUACGACCAAUGUUCCCCCAGGACUGCCAUGCAGAAGAAAUAUCAGCUCGCGCAGAGAAGCACGAGAUUGAACUUCACUCAACUUUCUAGUUUUUCCCUUUAGUUAACACUAUCAACGUUUCCCUCUACUGUGGGAAUUGCCAAUAUUAGCCACUUUCAAUGCAACUUACCAAAACAAAACAAACUAUGCAAGAGAUUUUCUUGUAGGCAGAACGCACCGGAGUAGGAUUCUAUUGCGUUGACAGGCAUGACCCAGCCCAUACUCUACAGACUGGUUCGGUAUAACCAAUCAGAGCUGCAGUAUCCCUAUAUGCAAAUAGACCAUUGCCAUAUAUGGAUCUGUGCCAUUCACUUUGAACUGGACUGUGUUUACAGCAUGAGUGGUCGCUAGUAGAUGCACUUGUUUUGAGAUCAAAGCUAGAGCUGCAUGUAGCCAGGUGUGUAUAUUUGUUCAUAUUCUUUGCUAGUAAGUGAGUUAUUAGCCCAGAUAUAGCUAAUUUCUAGUCAGCAAUGUGGCAGUGGUUGCUUCCUACAAAACAUGCAUUUCUAGCAAUCUUUGAAAAGCAAGUCAGGUAAAGAGCUUUUUUUUUAUGUCUUAAGGGGGCAGUGUUGUAUUUUGAGACAGGCUUGAAUAAGCUAGGUAGCCAAUAGGCAGAGGGCAGCAUAAUUUGUCUAAUUCUCUGUAAUAAUAGUAAAGUGGUUUCUUGCAUCAAACAACACAUUUUCAGUCACCUCCUUAUCUCAAGGACAAGUGGAUAAACAGGUUAAUGUCAAGCUCUGCAAAUUUCUUCCAAAAGUCUCACGGAAUGUAGGCCUACAUUGAACACCACGCAUUGGCUGCUACUGUAGGCUGAAUGAUAUAACAGCUAUUUCCGUGUAAAAAGGUUAUGGGAUGCAUUUUCUCCAUUGUUUUUGAUGGUAGGCCACUCUGAUAGGCAUACAGUUGAAGUUGGAAGUUUACAUACACCUUAGCCAAAUACAUUUAAACUCAGUUUUUCACAAUUCCUGACAUUUAAUCCUAGCAAAAGUUCCCUGUCUUAGGUCAGUUAGGAUCACAACUUUAUUUUAAGAAUGUGAAAUGUCAGAAUAAUAGUAGAGAGAAUGAUUUAUUUCAGCUAUUAUUUAUUUCAUUACAUUUCCAGUGGGUCAGAAGUUUACAUACACUCAAUUAGUAUUUGGUAGCAAUGCCUUUAAAUUGUUUAACUUGGAUCAAAUGUUUCGGGUAGCCUUCCACAAGCUUCCCACAAUAAGUUGGGUGAAUUUUGGCCCAUUCCUCUGGACAGAGCUGAUGUAACUGAGUCAGGUUUGUAGGCCUCCUUGCUCGCACAUGCUUUUUUCAGUUCUGCCCACAAAUGUUCGAUAGGAGUAAGGUCAAGACUUUGUGAUGGCCACUCCAAUACCUUGACUUUGUUGUCUUUAAGCCAUUUUGCCACAACUUUGGAAGUAUGCUUGGGGUCAUUGUCCAUUUGGAAGACCCAUUUGCGACCAAGCUUUAACUUCCUGACUGAUGUCUUGAGAUGUUGCUUCAAUAUAUCCACAUCAUUUUCCUUCCUCAUGAUGCCAUCUAUUUUGUGAAGUGCACCAGUCCUUCCUGCAGCAAAGCACCCCCACAGCAUGAUGCUGCCACCCCCGUGUUUCACAGUUGGGAUGGUGUUCUUCGGCUUGCAAGCAAGCCCCUUUUUCCUCCAAACAUAACGAUGGUCAUUAUGGCCAAACAGUUCUAUUUUUGUUUCAUCAGACCAGAGGACAGUUCUCCAAAAAGUACGAUCUUUGUCCCCAUAUGUAGUUGCAAACUGUGGUCUGGCUUUUUUAUGGUGGUUUUGGAGCAGUGGCUUCUUCCUUGCUGAGCGGCCUUUCAGGUUAUGUCGAUAUAGGACUAGUUUUACUGUGGAUAUAGAUACUUUUGUACCUGUUUCCUCCAGCAUCUUCACAAGGUCCUUUGCUGCUGUUCUGGGAUUGAUUUGCACUUUUCGCACCAAAGUACGUUCAUCUCUAGGAGACAGAACGCGUCUCCUUCCUGAGCGGUAUGAUGGCUGUGUGGUCCCAUGGUGUUUAUACUUGCGUACUAUUGUUUGUACAGAUGAAUGUGGUACCUUCAGGCAUUUGAAAAUUGCUCCCAAGGAUGAACCAGACUUGUGGAGAUCUACAAUGUUUUUUCUGAGGUCUUGGCUGAUUUCUUUAGAUUUUCCCAUGAUGUCAAGCAAAGAGGCACUGAGUUUGAAGGUAGGCCUUGAAAUACAUCCACAGGUACACCUCCAAUUGACUCAAAUGAUGUCAAUUAGCCUAUCAUUUACAUUUUACAUUUUAGUCAUUUAGCAGAUGCUCUUAUCCAGAGCGACUUACAGUUAGUGAGUGCAUAAUAAUUUUUUUUUUUUUCUGGAAUUUUCCACGCUGUUUAAAGGCACUGUCAACUUAGUGUUUGUGAACUUCUGACCCACUGGAAUUGUGAUACAGUGAAUCAUAAGUGAAAUAAUCUGUCUGUAAACAAUUGUUGGAAAAAUUACUUGAGUCAUGCACAAAGUAGAUGUCAUAACCGACUUGCCAAAACUAUAGUUUAACAAGAAAUUUGUGGAGGGGUUGAAAAACUAGUUUUAAUGACUCCAACCUAGGUGUAUGUAAACUUCCGACUUCAACUGUACAUUAUGAUCAAAUAUAGCCACUUUUAUAACUGUAACUUUAUAACAGUAAACGCGCACCAGAAGUUGCACAGAAUUUUCACAACGUUCAAGUUUGUGCUCAGCAGACCUGACAUUUGCUCAGUGCCGAACAUUUUUCACACACUCAAAGGGCCAUGGCUUGUGUUAUGGUUGUAUUCUUAUAGUGUUGAAAUAUGAGAAUACAUACAGUAUAUAAUGUAAAUGGCUACAAUGAUUUAGUUUUCUUUAGCUUCCCAUUCCAUAUGUAGUUAAACUAAAUAUGUCCAUAUUUGGACCUGAACAUUUGAGCUUCAGUAAUGGUGCAAGGCCUCGUCAGUGCUGUGAAAUAUCUGGCUUUACUGUAGACACUGAUAAAGCUACUUUGUACACACCAAUUGGUAUUUUCAUAUUAAGGUGAAUAACAAUGUUCAUUCUCAAUCCUCUACGAUUUGCCUCACGCAACGCUGUAAUGUGGACGUACAUAGCUUGAAUUGCAGUGGAAUGCACUAGCAUCAGACCAUGUGACAUUGUUGUAGGAAUCAAUCAAUAUGUACUGGUAACAACUUUUUGGGGGAUGUCUAUGAAUCUAAUUUGAGGUGGAGUAAAAGGUUUGCCAAUGAUGAAUUUCUGCAUGAUGCCCUUUUUGAGAUUACUGACUACUGCUCACAUACGGUGACAGGUGUUUGGGCAUGACAUGGGUUUUGGUCAGUGUGGUUGCCCAUUGGUAUCAGUUUAACAGGCAUGCAGUGAGUGGAUGUUAGUAUUACUGUGAGGUCCAUCAGUCCAUGACUUAGGUCUCACUCAGCCCUGUGAGAGUAACUUGAGAUGCGUGAAUAAGUUAAACUACUGUGUAAAUCUUCCAUUGACAUCAAACUUUGAAUCGCGCGUGUGAUAUAUUUUUCAGCACUGUACGUGUGGCACUCUACAGUCUGUUCAAUCUCCCACAAGCUGUGUGUAGGGAAAUUGCUGUUGUUCUAUUCCCAUAUCAAUAUGUCCUUCCUAGCUCUUCCCAGCGUUACACCAAACAACACUGUCUGUUCAUGUAGCCGUGUUUGUUAACUCUUCUUCCUGCUGUUUGUUAACUCUUCUUCCUGCUUGGACUUGGUCCACUUUAAGCUGCUUUUUAACUUUGACCUGCGCGUGACCAUAUGACCCCUGGUGUGACCUCCGACCUCUAUGCCCGUUGUUUAGUGAGUCUUAUUUGUGUUCCAGAUUCUCCCUCAUCUGUGGUUAACAAACAGCUGGGAUCCAUGACUCUGGAUGAGCAGCAGGGUGCGUCUCCUCUCCUCUCUUUCCCUCCCUUCUCACUUUCUCGCUCUCACUCCCUCCUUCACUCUCUCCUUCUUUCCCUGUAUCCUUGUAGUUUCUUCCUUUCUCUCCUGCUUUUGUAUCUCUGUUUUCCUCUGUGCUUUCUCUCUGUCGUCUGUGUGGCAUUUUAAAAAACAUAUUCGCAUGAGACUCACGGCGUGCACCUUGCCCCUCUACCAUCUUUACCUGAGAGCAUUUUCACUAGGCAUGCAUUCUAGUCACUUUGACCAACCCAGUCCCCAAGGCGGAAACUGGUGUUGGCUAUCUUCUCCAAGGCUUUCUUGUUGAACCUAUAGCUUGAGAUAAUGUUUGGUCAUUCUCCAGCCCUAAAGUCUUGUUUUUAUUUUGGAUUCAUAACACAAUCUUGCUCCUCUUCUUCUGGCUUUUCACUCAGUCACAGCCGUGUGUAAAUCAUCUCAAGCCCAAACCAUUCCCUCUCAAUGCAAUCGUCCCUGUAUUGGCUUAUUUCACAGAACAUUAACACAAAAUGCCCUAGGAUGACAGUGACAUUCGUAUACCCUUUGCCUUGACCCCUUGACUUUUUCCACAUUUUAUACGUUACAGCCUUAUUCUAAAAUUGAUUAAAUUAAACAUUUUCCUCAUCAAUCUACACACAAUACCCCAUAAUGACAAAGCGAAAACAGGUUUUUAGUUUAUUUUGCAAAUGUGUAUAUAUAUAUACAAAAAAAAAACUGAAAAACCUUAUGUACAGUUGAAGUCGGAAGUUUACAUACAGUGGGGAAAAAAAGUAUUUAGUCAGCCACCAAUUGUGCAAGUUCUCCCACUUAAAAAGAUGAGAGAGGCCUGUAAUUUUCAUCAUAGGUACACGUCAACAAUGACAGACAAAUUGAGAAAAAAAAUCCAGAAAAUCACAUUGUAGGAUUUUUAAUGAAUUUAUUUGGAAAUUAUGGUGGAAAAUAAGUAUUUGGUCAAUAACAAAAGUUUCUCAAUACUUUGUUAUAUACCCUUUGUUGGCACUGACACAGGUCAAACGUUUUCUGUAAGUCUUCACAAGGUUUUCACACACUGUUGCUGGUAUUUUGGCCCAUUCCUCCAUGCAGAUCUCCUCUAGAGCAGUGAUGUUUUGGGGCUGUCGCUGGGCAACACAGACUUUCAACUCCCUCCAAAGAUUUUCUAUGGGGUUGAGAUCUGGAGACUGGCUAGGCCACUCCAGGACCUUGAAAUGCUUCUUACGAAGCCACUCCUUCGUUGCCCGGGCGGUGUGUUUGGGAUCAUUGUCAUGCUGAAAGACCCAGCCACGUUUCAUCUUCAAUGCCCUUGCUGAUGGAAGGAGGUUUUCACUCAAAAUCUCACGAUACAUGGCCCCAUUCAUUCUUUCCUUUACACGGAUCAGUCGUCCUGGUCCCUUUGCAGAAAAACAGCCCCAAAGCAUGAUGUUUCCACCCCCAUGCUUCACAGUAGGUAUGGUGUUCUUUGGAUGCAACUCAGCAUUCUUUGUCCUCCAAACACGACGAGUUGAGUUUUUACCAAAAAGUUAUAUUUUGGUUUCAUCUGACCAUAUGACAUUCUCCCAAUCCUCUUCUGGAUCAUCUAAAUGCACUCUAGCAAACUUCAGACGGGCCUGGACAUGUACUGGCUUAAGCAGGGGGACACGUCUGGCACUGCAGGAUUUGAGUCCCCGGCGGCGUAGUGUGUUACUGAUGGUAGGCUCUGUUACUUUGGUCCCAGCUCUCUGCAGGUCAUUCACUAGGUCCCCCCGUGUGGUUCUGGGAUUUUUGCUCACCGUUCUUGUGAUCAUUUUGACCCCACGGGGUGAGAUCUUGGUGGAGCCCCAGAUCGAGGGAGAUUAUCAGUGGUCUUUUAUGUCUUCCAUUUCCUAAUAAUUGCUCCCACAGUUGAUUUCUUCAAACCAAGCUGCUUACCUAUUGCAGAUUCAGUCUUCACAGCCUGGUGCAGGUCUACAAUUUUGUUUCUGGUGUCCUUUGACAGCUCUUUGGUCUUGGCCAUAGUGGAGUUUGGAGUGUGACUGUUUGAGGUUGUGGACAGGUGUCUUUUAUACUGAUAACAAGUUCAAACAGGUGCCAUUAAUACAGGUAACGAGUGGAGGACAGAGGAGCCUCUUAAAGAAGAAGUUACAGGUCUGUGAGAGCCAGAAAUCUUGCUUGUUUGUUGGUGACCAAAUACUUAUUUUCCACCAUCAUUUGCAAAUAAAUUCAUUAAAAAUUCUACAAUGUGAUUUUCUGGAAAAUAAUUCGCAAUUUAUCUGUCAUAGUUGACGUGUACCUAUGAUGAAAAUUACAGGCCUCUCUCAUCUUUUUAAGUUGCACAAUUGGUGGCUGACUAAAUACUUUUUUCCCCCACUGUACACUUAGGUUGGAGUCAUUAAAACUCGUUUUUCAACCACUCCACAAAUUUCUUUUUUAACAAACCAUAGUUUUGGCAAGUCGGUUAGGACAUCUACUUUGUGCAUGACGAAAGUAAUUUUUAAAACAAUUGUUUACAGACAGAUUAUUUCACUUAUAAUUUACUGUAUCACAAUUCCAGUGGGUCAGAAGUUUACUAAGUUGACUGUGCCUUUAAACAGCUUGGAAAAUUCCAGAAAAUUAUGUCAUGGCUUUAGAAACUUCUGAUAGGCUAAUUGACAUCAUUUGAGUCAAUUGGAGGUGUACCUGUGGAUGUAUUUCAAGGCCUACCUUCAAACUCAGUGCCUCUUUGCUUGACAUCAUGGGAAAAUCUAAAGAAAUCAGCCAAGACCUCAGAAAAAACAUUGUAGAUCUCCACAAGUCUGGUUCAUCCUUGGGAGCAAUUUUCAAAUGCCUGAAGGUACCACAUUCAUCUGUACAAACAAUAGUACGCAAGUAUAAACACCAUGGGACCACACAGCCAUCAUACCGCUCAGGAAGGAGACGCGUUCUGUCUCCUAGAGAUGAAUGUACUUUAGUGCGAAAAGUGCAAAUCAAUCCCAGAACAGCAGCAAAGGACCUUGUGAAGAUGCUGGAGGAAACAGGUACAAAAGUAUCUAUAUCCACAGUAAAAUGAGUCCUAUAUUGACAUAACCUGAAAGGCUGCUCAGCAAGGAAGAAGCCACUGCUCCAAAACCGCCAUAAAAAAGCCAGACUACGGUUUGCAACUGCACAUGGGGACAAAGAUCGUACUUUUUAGAGAAAUGUCCUCUGGUCUGAUGAAACAAAAAUAGAACUGUUUGGCCAGAAUGACCAUCGUUAUGUUUGGAGGAAAAAGGGGGUUGCUUGCAAUCCGAAGAACACCAUCCCAACCGUGAAGCACAGGGGUGGCAGCAUCGUGCUGUGGGGGUGCUUUGCUGCAGGAGGGACUGGUGCACUUCACAAAAUAGGUGGCAUCAUGAGGAAGGAAAAUUAUGUGGAUAUAUUGAAGCAACAUCUCAAGACAUCAGUCAGGAAGUUAAAGCUUGGUCGCAAAUGGGUCUUCCAAAUGGACAAUGACCCCAAGCAUACUUCCAAAGUUGUGGCAAAAUGGCUUAAGGACAACAAAGUCAAGAUAUUGGAGUGGCCAUCACAAAGUCUUGACCUUACUCCUAUCGAAAAUUUGUGGGCAGAACUGAAAAAGCAUGUGCGAGCAAGGAGGCCUACGAACCUGACUCAGGUACACCAGCUCUGUCAGGAGGAAUGGGCCAAAAUUCACCCAACUUAUUGUGGGAAGCUUGUGGAAGGCUACCUGAAAUAUUUGACCCAAGUUAAACAAUUUAAAGGCAAUGCUACCAAAUACUAAUAGAGUGUAUGAAAACUUCUGACCCACUGGGAAUGUGAUGAAAUAAAUAAAAGCUUAAAUAAAUAAUUCUCUCUACUAUUAUUCUGACAUUUCACAUUCUUAAAAUAAAGUGGUGAUCUUAACUGACCUAAGACAGGGCAUUUUUACUAGGAUUAAAUGUCAGGAAUUGUGAAAAACUGAGUUUAAAUGUAUUUGGCUAAGGUGUAUGUAAACUUCCGACUUCAGCUGUACAUAAGUAUUCAGACCCUUCGCUAUGAGACUUGAAAUUGACCUGUGGUAAAUUCAAUUGAUUGGACAUGAUUUGGAAAGGCACACACCUGGCUAUAUAAGGUCCUACAGUUGACAGUGCAUGUCAGAGCAAAAACCAAGCCAUGAAGUCAAAGGAAUUGUCUGUAGAGCUCCAACAUAGGAUUGUGUUGAGGCACAGAUCUGGGGAAGGUUACCAAAACAUUUCUGCAGCAUUGAAGGUCCCCAAGAACACAGUGACCUCCAUCAUUCUUAAAUGAAAGAAGUUUGGAACCACCAAGACUCUUCCUAGAGCUGGCCGCCCGGCCAAACUGAGCAAUCGGGGAAGAAGGGCCUUGGUCAGGGAGGUGACCAAGAACCCGAUGGUCACUCUGACGGAGCUCCAGAGUUCCUCUGUAGAGAUGGGAGAACCUUCCAGAAGGACAACCAUCUCUGCAGCACUCCACCAAUCAGGCCUUUAUGGUAGAGUGGCCAGACUGAAGCUACUCCUCAGUAAAAGGCACAUGACCGCCCACUUGGAGUUUGCCAAAAGGCACCUAAAGGACUCUGACCAUGAGAAACAAGAUUCUCUGGUCUGAUGUAACCAAGAUUGAACUCUUUGGCCUGAAUGCCAAGCGUCACGUCUGGGGUGAACCUGGCACCGUUCCUAUGGUGAAGCAUGGUGGUGGCAGCAUCAUGCUGUGGGGAUGUUUUUAAGCGGCAGGGACAGGGAGACUAGUCAGGUUCGAGGGAAAGAUAAACGGAGCAAAGUACAGAGAGAUCCUUGAUGAAAACCUGCUCCAGAGCGCUCAGGACCUCAGACUGGGUUGAAGGUUCACCUAUCAACAGGACAACGAUCCUAAGCACACAGCCAAGACAACAAAUCUCUGAAUGACCUUGAGUGGCCCAGCCAGAGCCCGGACUUGAACUCGAUCCAACAUCUCUGGAGAGACGUGAAAAUAGCUGUGCAGCGACGAUCCCCAUCCAACCUGACAAAGCUUGAGAGGAUCUGCAGAGAAGAAUGGGAGAAACUCCCCAAAUACAGGUGUGCCAAGCUUGUAGCGUCAUACCCAAGAAGACUAGAGGCUGUAAUCGCUGCCAAAGGUGCUUCAACAAAGUACUGAGUGAAAGGUCUGAAUACUUAUGUAACUGUUAUAUUUCAGUUUUUUAUUUUUUAUACAUUUGCAUAAGAUUCUAAACCUCUUUUUGCUUUGUCAUUAUGGGGUAUUGUGUGUAGAUUGAGGAAAAAAAUAAUUGAAUCAGUUUUGGAAUAAGGCUGUAACGUAACAAAAUGUGGAAAAAGUCAAGGGGUCUGAAUACUUUCCGAUUGCACUGUAUAUGACCCACCGAAAUAGUGUUAAACUAACACUUUUCAAAGUGUUGAUAAACUAACACCCCAAGAGUGUUGGGUCCCCUAACACUGUGGGUGUUGCUAAUUCCGACUUACAUUAACACUUUAUUAGCGCUGAUGCUGUUAUACUUCCUCAGUGUUAGGGAAUUAACACUUGUGGUGUUACAGUAACUCGUUUUUGGGUGUUUUAACACUGUAGGGUGUAAAGCCUUAUUCGCAUAUUUAUUUCCAUGGGUGCCUUUUGAGUGAAUUUUAAAGGUACCAGUACCACCCAUGACUGUGUUUGCUAGUGUUAGAGACAUGAUUGUUGCAUUCGAUGGCUUUGUUUUGUAGCCUUCAACAAGUGAAUGCCUAAGUGAAUAUUCUUCAAAAAAUUAUUUAUUACAAUACAUUACUUUUAUCAUAAGGCAAUACUUUGACAGCCUAGUUUUACCCUAACACAGUGGUCUGAAACUCUUGGUUUGCAGGCCACAUCGGCAAGUCACAUUAUGCUGGCUUGCAAAGUGUUAUAUAAUUCCUAUUGGAAUCCACUCAGAAUUAGGAUAUCAAACAAAUUGAACUUUUAAUCACCCGCAAUCUGCAGUUGGAACGACUGCCAAGGUAGGGAAGAUAGAUAAAUGAGACUACCUAAACCAUAUAAACUGGAACAACCAUGCCAAUAAUGGGUGAAAUAAGUCCAACCACUUACAGAUUGAAUUAGUGAAGAAAAAUGUGUUAUUUAUCUUUGUGUAUUAUAAGAUAAAUUAAUCAAUAUGCAUGCACAAACAUAGAUAUUAAAACAAAUUAUUCUAAAAAGCAACAUGAAACAAAGCAUGCUGGGAAAUAUGAUGACGGCCCUCCCACGUCUUUUUCACUCAGAGUUGACGCAGUCGAGUAACUGUGAUUCAAGUAACUCUUAAUUUAUUCACCGCAGGUGGCGUCAAUUUCAAUCCCACGGGUUAACCCCACUUGAAUCAACAUUCCGAUAUAACACUCACAACACUUUUUACCUCAACACCGAGAUUUUAACACCAGCAAAUGUGUUGUGGCUUUUUUGCAUUGCCAUUGACAUACCUCAAAUAACAAUGCUGCAUGUUGUCAUCAUAUUGCAAAGUGCUAACACUGAAAUGGAAUACAAUGUGGUUUUAUCUAUUUGCUAAAUGAUUAUUAGUCUACACACUAGUUUCAAAAGCAACCAAUGAUGAUUGUUUUAUCACAAAGUCUCAAAUGUACUUAAGAUGAUUAACUGGGUUGAAAAUGUAUGGAGGCUAGUAGUGAUUUUUACUUUGGUAACCAGGAGCCAAUCAAAGGCAAAACUAUUGUCAUAUAUAAACUAAUAUAUUCCACCUUAUUAAAUAAUCUGUAUCUCUUUCUACUUCCCUUCAUCUCUCUCUCUCUCUCCUCUCUCCUCUCUCCUCUCUCUCUCAGGAGCAUCAGAAGCUGUGAGUGUGGAGCGAAGUGCUGGAGCGAGUUCAAUCAAAGUGAAAACCCAGUCUCUAUCUGUCAGUGUAGCUGGAACCUCGUCCGGGGAACCUAGUAGCAGUACUGGACCUGGAUGUAGCCGAGCCAGCACAGCAGAACCCGUCCUGAGUUUACACUACAGCACUGAGGGAACCACCACCAGCACCAUCAAACUGGACUUCACUGACGAGUGGUGAGCAAGUGACUCUGACUCCACUGCUUAAAAAGCCAGAAGCACAACUUUACACUAUUCAAACUUUAGGAGCUGAUUUCACAGACACAGGUUAAGCCUACUGCUGGAAUGAAAAGCACACUCCAUGGAUAUGUUUAUUUUUUUGUGACUUUGUUUUAUUAUUAUAAUUUUGAUAAGACCUUACAAACACAACACAAAAACAAACAAACAAAACACCCACUAUACAAAACAUUCUUUAAAGUGAUCAAGAUACACUGCACUAACAUAACAUCUACUGCUGCUAAGCUUCCCAGUAAAGCAAUAAAAACAAGUAAGCAUCCCAGAAGAAAAGUGCUCAAAAUAGCCCAUGUUAACAUAUGUAGCUUAAGAAACAAGGUUCAUGAAAUCAAUAAUUUGCUAGUAACAGAUGACAUUCAUAUUCUGACUACAGCCCUGUGUAGCUCAGUUGGUAGAGCAUGGCGCUUGCAACGCCAGGGUUGUGGGUUCGUUUCCCACGGGGGGCCAGUAUGAAAAAAUGUAUGCACUCACUAACUGUAAGUCGCUCUGGAUAAGAGCGUCUGCUAAAUGACUAAAAUGUAAAUGCAUCUCUGAAACUCACUUAGAUAAUACCUUUGAGGAUACAGUGGUAGCAAUACAAGGUUAUAACAUUUACAGAAAAGAUAGAAAUGCCAAUGGUGGAGGUGUUGCUGUUUAUAAUCAGAACCAUAUUCCUGUGAAGAUUAGAAAGGAUCUCAUGUUAAAUACUGUUGAAGUAAUAUGGCUACAGGUUCAUCUGCCUCACCUAAAGCCAAUUCUGGUGGGAAGCUGCUAUAGACCACCAUGUGCUAACAGUCAGUAUCUGGAUAACAUGAGUGAAAUGCUUGAUAAUGUAUGUGAUAUCAAUAGAGAGGUAUACUUUCUGGGUGAUUUUAAAUAUUGACUGGCUUUCAUCAGGUUGCCCACUCAAGAGAAAGCUUCAAACUGUAACCAGUGCCUGCAACCUGGUUCAGGUUAUCAGUCAACCUACCAGGGUAGUUACAAACAGUACAGGAAUUAAAUCAUCAACCUGUAUUGAUCAUAUCUUUACUAAUGCUGCAGAGAUUUGUUUGAAAACAAUAUCCAAAUCCAUUGGAUGUAGUGAUCACAAUAUAGUAGCCAUAUCUAGGAAAACCAAAGUUCCAAAGGCUGGGCCUAAUAUUGUGUAUAAGAGGUCAUACAAUAAGUUUUGUAGUGAUUCCUAUGUUGUUGAUGUAAAGAAUAUAUGUUGGUCCGUGGUGUGUAAUGAGGAGCAGACAGACACUGCACUUGACGCAUUUAUGAAAGUGCUUAUUCCAGUUACUAAUAAGCAUGCACCCAUUUAAGAAAAUGACUGUAAAAACUGUUAAAUCCCCGUGGAUUGGUGAGGAAUUGGAAAACUAUGGUUGAGCGGGAUGAGGCAAAAGGAAAGGAAAGUAAGUCUGGCUGCACAACCGAUUGGCAAACGUAUUGCAAAUUGAGAAACCAUGUGACUAAACUGAAUAAAAAGAAGAAGAAACAAGGAUAAAUGACAUAAAGAAUGAUAGUAAAAAGCUUUGGAGCACCUUAAAUGAAAUUUUGGGAAAAAAGGCAAACUCAGCUCCAUCAUUCAUUGAAUCAGAUGGCUCAUUCAUCACAAAACCAACUGAUAUGGCCAACUACUUUAAUAUUUUUUUCAUUGGCAAGAUUAGCAAACUUAGGCUUGACAUGCCAGCAACAAUUGCUGACACUACACAUCCAAGUAUAUCUGACCAAAUUAUGAAAGACAAGCAUUGUAAUUUUGAAUUCCGUAAAGUGAGUGUGGAAGAGGUGAACAAAUUAUUGUUGUCUAUUAACACUGACAAGCCACCGGGGUCUGACAACUUGGAUGGAAAAUUACUGAGGAUAAUAGCGGACGAUAUUGCCACUCCUAUUUGCCAUAUUUUCAAUUUAAGCCUACUAGAAUGUAUGUGCCCUCAGGCCUGGAGGGAAGCAAAAGUCAUUCCGCUACCUAAGAAUAGUAAAGCCCCCUUUACUGGCUCAAAUAGCCGACCAAUUAGCCUGUUACCAACCCUUAGAAAACUAUUGGAAAAAAUUGUGUUUGACCAGAUACAAUGCUAUUUUACAGUAAACAAAUUGACAACAAACUUUCAGCAUGCUUAUAGAGAAGGACAUUCAACAAGCACAGCACUUACACAAAUUACUGAUGAUUGGCUGAGAGAAAUUGAUGAUAAAAAGAUUGUGGGGGCUGUUUUGUUAGACUUCAGUGCGGCUUUUGACAUUAUCGAUCCUAGUCUGUUGCUGGAAAAAGGUAUGUGUUAUGGCUUUACACCCCCUGCUAUAAUGUGGAUAAAGAGUUACUUGUCUAACAACCUAGAGGGUGUUCUUUAAUGGAAGCCUCUCAAACUUAAUCCAGGUAGAAUCAGGAAUUCCCCAGGGCAGCUGUUUAGGCCCCUUACUUUUUUCCAUUUUUACUAACGACAUGCCACUGGCUUUGAGUAAAGCCAGUGUGUCUUAUGUAUGCGGAUGACUCAACACUAUACACGUCAGCUGCUACAGACUCUGAAAUAACUGCAACACUUAAUAAAGAGUUGCAGUUAGUUUCGGAAUGGGUGGCAAGGAAUAAGUUAGUCCUAAAUAUUUCCAAAAUCAUUCACUAAACCCUAAACCUCAACUACAUCUCGUAAUGAAUAAUGUGGAAAUUGAGCAAGUUGAGGUGACUAAACUGCUUGGAGUAACCCUGGAUUGUAAACUGUCGUGGUCAAAGCAUAUUGAUACAACAGUAGCUAAAAUGGGGAGAAGUAUGUCCUUAAUUAAGCGCUGCUCUGCCUUCUUAACAACACUAUCAAGGCAGGUCCUACAGGCCCUAGUUUUGUCGCAACUAGACUACUGUUCAGUAGUGUGGUCAGGUGCCACAAGGAGGGACUUUUUGUGCGUAUGGAACAUUUCUGGGAUCUUUUAUUUCAGCUCAUGAAACAUGGGACCAACACUUUACAUGUAGCGUUUAUAUUUUUGUUCAGUGUGUGUGUGUAUCUGUGGCAUUGUGUGUGUGUAUAUAUAUAUAUAUAUAUAUAUAUAUAUAUAUAUAUAUAUAUAUAUAUAUAUAUAUAUAUAAAUACGACUUAUGAUUCCAUUGGUAAGUCCAUUGCCCAACGAGGACUAAAUUACACUUUUAUUUAUUACAAUUAUUUUUUAUAUUUUUUUAUAUCGAAGAUUCUUUAUGAAAUACCGAGGGAAACUGAACCUUGAUGUUCUCUGAUUUUUACUCAUCAAAUAAAUUUACAAAUUAAAAUGUACAAUCUCAUUUUGGUGACAAUGUUUCUCAGGUGUUCUUUAAGAAAGACUCUCACCCCCCCACCCCCCACACUUUAGGAGCAGCAGAGCCUCCAGUUCCAGGGGCAGUGGAGGGCCCAAACAGUCAGAGGCAGCAGGGGCCGUCCAGACCAGAGAGGGGCCCUCGGCUGAGAGCUCUGCCUCAGAGCAGGGUGAGGACUAGAGCGGCCUAAUGUCCAUGAUUGUUACUGCACUCUAUGGGAUGCCAUGUGUAGCACUGAUCUGGUGGUCAUGACUUCAAACAUUGGAGGGUUUUAUUCAGUGGAUCACACGAAAACGGCAUUAGGUCCACUUAGUUUCUGACAUAUUGUCCUCACCUAGACAACUGUUCAGUUCUUGAGCCUCAUACUGACCACAUCACUCUCCCUUUCUCUCUCCUCCUUCAAUACCAGCAGCUGCAGCUAUUUUAGAGCCCUCAAGCCGGAGCAGGGCUGCUGCUCCCCAUACAGACCCAGUGUGCGAGGCUGGGGAUGCCUCCGCCUCCUCCUCCAGCACCAGCACCCAGGGCUACACGCCCGCCCAGGCCCCAGCACAAGCCUCCUCUGUGGGGGAGAGUUUGACUGCCUCGCCCCUGGAGAGGAGCCAUGGUGUGGGUGCAGAGGACACCUCUGGGGGGUGCAGGAGAGAGCAGCCUGCUGGGGAGGGGGGGCAUGGGGGUCCAACAGGACCAGGGGGGCAGGGGGUUCCAACGGGACCGGGUGGGCAGGGCCAACCCUCCCGUAGUAACCAGGACUCAGACGACAGUGAUGACGACCCAAUUCUUAUCCCCUCAGCGAGGUACAGAGGAGGACAGGGGCAGAGGUACGGACUACAGCACGGCAGCUCAUACACACACACACACACACACACACACACACACACACACACACACACACACACACACUAUUUUGAUGUAUAUUUUCUCCUUGUCGUGAGGACUCCUUUUCUCUUGUUCUGUGUGGUUUAUUACAAUUGAUGAUUCUGCUAUACACAUAGAUCUAAUUUCAGAGGAUCAGCGGUAGGCGAUAGAAUGAUCAGGUAACGUCUGUGUGUCGACUACUAAAACAUCUAACCUGCAAGGAGUGCAGUGCUCAUAGAAAAAUUCCCAUGAGUCCAAGCAACCCCCUGAGACUACUGUAAGUCUGUACCUAGAAGGCGUGGUGUUUGUAGUUUUCACCAACAUUAUUAAGCCUUGUGGGUGUGAGGGGCACUGUUGCGGAACACUAAUGGUGUGAGCAUGCAUAUGCAUGUGUGUAUCACCACCACCAUUCGCUAAGAGGAUAGCUAUUAGCUACUUCAUCCCUGGCAGGUACCUAGUGAUGUCGCCAGGGUAAAAGGCAACACCAGUGAUGCAACAGCCAAUGAAUGAAGCCCUACAAUCCCUGGAGAAAAUGUAGAUGAUGCCUAUUGGUAAUAUAGCCAGCUUAGACUAAGCUUAUUCAUUGUUUGCACACAACAAGAUUGAUAGGAUAAAGAUAUAUAUAUAUAUAUACUGUAUAUACACUGAGUGUACAAAAACAUUAAGAACACCUGCUCCUUCCAUGACAUAGACUGCAGCUGAAUCCAGGUGAAAGCUAUGAUCCCUUAUUGAUGCCACUUGUUAAAUCCACUUUAAUCAGUGUAGGUGAAGGGUAGGAGACCAGUUAAAGAAGGAUUUUUAAGCCUUGAGACAUGGAUUGUGUAUGUGUGCCAUUCAGAGGGUGAAUGGGUAAGACAAAAUAUUUAAGUGCCUUUGAACAGGGUAUGGUAGUAGAUGCCAGGCACACCAAUUUGUGUCAAGAACUGCAAUGCAGCUGGGUCCUUCACCCUCAACAGUUUCCUGUGUGUAUCAAGAAUGGUCCACCACCCAAACGACACCCAGUCAACAUGGGCCAGCAUCCCUGUGGAACGCUUUCGACACCUUGUAGAGUCCAUGCCCGACAAAUUGAGGCUGUUCUGAGGGUAAAGGGGUGGGGGGGGUGGGGUGCAACUCAAUAUUAAGAAGGUGUUCUUAAUGUUUUGUACACUGUGUGUAUAGAUAGAUUGGCUACAGUGAGAAGUCAAAUAAUUACAUUCCCCUAUCUACAGUAUGUGUAGGGUUGUAAUAGACUGGUGACAGUCAGUUAGCUUGGCAUGAGGAAUAUUGGCAGCUUGAAGCUGAUUCUUUUUCCAUGUGAUGUUUUGGUUGGUUCAGUAUCAUCGAGGGGUGAAUCAGCAUGACGCUCAGUAUUCACUUCCCUCUCUGCAGAUAUAGAGUGAAAGAUAUUAACUGUCAAUACUGUAUAUAACUUCUGUGUGUCUCUUUCUGUCUCUGCGUGUGUCACAGACGCUCCGCUGCGGCCCGUAUCCAGGAGCUGUUUCGUCGGAGGAAGGAGAGGAGAGAGAUGGAGGAGAGCGAGACCCAGAAUAUCAGGAGACCCUCAGUCAAAAUGGUCUACAAGGGACACCGCAACUCCAGGACUAUGGUACGCUAAUCUUCACUUCCAACUUUGGUUACUUCUGGUCCCUCUUUUACAGCUGAUUCUAGAUCAGCUCACCCCUACCUGAGCCCGUACUGAAAACAUCAUGCAAUGUACAAUACACUAUACUAUAUAUAAGUACGUUUCGAGAUGCUUUGAAAGCAUUUAAAAUUCCUUUAUCUACGCCAAUGCUUUGUGUGUUGUCUGUAGAUUAAGGAGUCGUGUUUCUGGGGGAACAACUUUGUGAUGAGC